AUGGAUGCUCUGACGUUGGCUCUGGCGUCGGCUCUGGCGUCGGCUCUGGCUCUGGCGUUGGCUCUGGCGUCGGCUCUGGCGUUGGCUCUGGCGUCGGCUCUGGCUCUGACGUUGGCUCUGGCGUCGGCUCUGGCUCUGGCGUCGGCUCUGGCGUCGGCUCUGGCUCUGGCGUCGGCUCUGGCUCUGGCGUCGGCUCUGGCUCUGGCGUCGGCUCUGGCGUCGGCUCUGGCUCUGGCGUCGGCUCUGGCGUCGGCUCUGGCUCUGGCGUCGGCUCUGGCUCUGGCGUCGGCUCUGGCGUCGGCUCUGGCGUUGGCUCUGGCGUCGGCUCUGGCUCUGGCGUCGGCUCUGGCGUCGGCUCUGGCGUCGGCUCUGGCGUCGGCUCUGGCGUCGGCUUUGGCGUCGGCUCUGGCGUCGGCUCUGGCGUCGGCUCUGGCGUCGGCUCUGGCGUCGGCUCUGGCGUCGGCUCUGGCGUCGGCUCUGGCUCUGACGUUGGCUCUGGCGUCGGCUCUGGCUCUGGCGUCGGCUCUGGCGUCGGCUCUGGCUCUGGCGUCGGCUCUGGCGUUGGCUCUGGCUCUGGCGUUGGCUCUGGCGUUGGCUCUGGCGUCGGCUCUGGCUCUGACGUUGGCUCUGGCGUCGGCUCUGGCUCUGGCGUCGGCUCUGGCGUCGGCUCUGGCGUCGGCUCUAAGGUCGGCUAACUUCUUAUGUGGUUCCAGGAGGAUGGACGGGCGGCGGAACACGUUCACCGAUUGGUCGGAUGAUGACACGGACGGCGAGAUCGACGACCACGACGUGAACAAGAUCCUGAUUGUGACGCAGACGCCGCCGUAUCUACGCAAACACCCGGGCGGCGACCGCACCGGCAACCACACGUCACGAGCAAAACUGUCCAGCGAGUUCGUCAAAGUCAUCAACGACGGACUCUUCUACUACGAACAAGACCUGUGGGAGGACACGGAGCCGGAGUACGCCACGAUUAAGCAGGAGGUGGAGAACUUUAAGAAGGUCCAUCUGAUCAGCAGAGAAGAGUUCGACUGUUUGACUCCUGAGCCUCCAGUGGACCUUAACCAGGAAGUGCCUCCAGGACCCCCCAAGCCCCAGCACAUCCCCACAGAUGCUCUCGCCAACAAACUCUUCGGGGCCCCGGACCCCUCGUCGAUAGCCCGCUCUCUCCCCACAACCGUCCCGGAGUCGCCUGGUUUCCGUAGCAACAGGACGCCGCGGACGCCGCGCACGCCGCACCGUAAAGAUGCCACGAUGACGCCGCGGUUUUACCCCGUGGUGAAGGAGAGCCGACCUGUGGACGCCAAGACGCCGCGUAAGAGGAAGACCCGGCACAGCUCGAACCCGCCGCUGGAGUGCCACGUGGGUUGGGUCAUGGACUCCCGAGAGCACCGAUCCAGAACCGCCUCCGUCAGCUCCUCCACCGCCAGCCCGUCCGAGGCCACGCCCGUCCUGGGCACCAUCGGCGCCACGCCUCAGUCUCUGCCCAAGUUCCAGCACCCGUCCCACGAGCUGCUCAAGGAGAACGGAUUCACGCAACACGUCUACCACAAGUACCGCCGACGCUGCCUCAACGCGAACCACACGGUGAUGGAGGAGGUGAUGGAGGAGGUGAUGGAGGAGGUGAUGGAGGAGGUGAUGGAGGAGGUGAUGGAGGAGGUGAUGGAGGAGGUGAUGGAGGAGGUGAUGGAGGAGGUAAUGGAGGAGGUGAUGCAGGAGGUGAUGGAGGAGGUGCUGGAGGAGGUGCUGGAGGAGGUGGUGGAGGAGGUGUUGGAGGAGGUGAUGGAGGAGGUGAUGGAGGAGGUGAUGGAGGAGGUGAUGGAGGAGGUGAUGGAGGAGGUGAUGGAGGAGGUGAUGAGGAGGUGA